AUGGAGGCCGAACACGCAGCACACGAUCUCUCCUCAACCUCUCUCGGCCCCCUUGGCAUCCGCAUAUCUAACGGCCAAUUCAUCGAUUCCCACAACCGAACCCUCAAUCUCCACGGAGUCAACAUAGCAGGAUCCUCGAAACUACCCACCUCUCCCAAUGGCCUCUCUCACCUUCAUGAGGGAUUCUACGAAACCCAUCGCUCGGUAUCCUUCAUUGGUAGACCCUUCGCCCUCUCUGAAGCACCUCUACACUUUGCUCGUCUCCGUGCCUGGGGUCUCCCACUGAUCCGGUUGCUCGUUACUUGGGAAUCUAUUUCACACGCCGGACCGAGGAAGGAAGAUGUAGAUAUGGGAUAUGUGGAGUAUUUGGAGAAGCUGUUAGAGACCAUGGCGGAAUACGGGUUACAAUGCUUUGUAUGUGCACAUCAAGAUGUGUGGAGUAGGUUUAGCGGCGGAAGUGGUGCUCCCGGGUGGACGUUUGAAGUUGCAGGGCUGAGGAUGGAAAGUUUUAGUGAGACUGGAGCUGCUUAUGUGCAUUGUGUUGACGAAAAAGGCAAGCGAGAAUCCGAAGGGACUCUUGGGGUGGGGAAGGGGAAGAAAGAGGAGAGCGGAGCAUUCCUAUGGCCCUCAGGCUACCAGAAACUCGCCGCAUCCACCAUGGCCACUCUGUUCUGGGCGGGUGAUGCACUCGCCCCGAGACUCAAAGUCAAGAACACCGAUGGCGAGGAAGUAGGCAUUCAGACCUUCCUCCAAUCCUCCUACAUCGAUGCAUUUGGGGUGCUUGCCGAUAGACUAGGCAAACUAGAAGCCUGUCUCGGCUUCGAACCGAUGAAUGAGCCCCAUCGAGGCCUGAUCAACCUGCACGAUUUCCAUUCUUGGAACUAUGAUACGGAUCUACACAUCGGCCACUACCCCUCUUUCAUCCAAGCUUUGGCGCUGGGUAGCGGGUACAAGCAAGAGGUCAAGUACUAUGUCAAAUCAUGGCCGUUCCCAACUCGAGUUUCGCACAAGACGCAGGUGGAUCCAAAGGGGAAAUCAUGCUGGCUUGACCCUCAAGGAUGUAUCUGGAGAAAGCAUGGGGUGUGGGAAUGGGACGAAACAAAGUCGGUACCUGUUGUGCUUCAGUAUGAUUACUUUGAAAAAGAUCAUCGGUUGGGGAGGGAGGGGAGCAGGAUUGAGUGGUAUCGUGAUUGUUUUGCGCCUUUCCUCCGGCGGGCUUCGGAUCGAUGGAACCGCUCUAACUGCAACCUGUUUACAUUUGUCGAACCGAUACCGAACGAGUUCAUCCCGCCCUGGAUCCCCACGAAACUCAUGGAAGAUGCAACUCUAGCCUCCGAGUAUAAAUCCGCAGCACUAUCGCAGAAGUACUCCACCCGCACCCUAAUCGACACCCCUCGGCCGGGCGGAGAGGCAGGCUUUGUCUACGCUCCGCACUUUUACGAUCUGAACAUACUCUUCGGAAAGAUACACUCGUUUAUGAGUGUAAAUGUACAAGGGCUCAGCAGGGGGAUGUUUUUACCUAAAGCGCUAUACUUUGGAGCGGAAGGGUUGAAGAGGAACUAUCUGGAGCAAUUGGGCAAGAUGAAAGAUCUUGCGUAUGCUUCGUUGGGUAACGUGCCGAUCUUUAUCGGUGAAGUCGGCCUGCCGUUUGAUAUUAAUGCCCGCCAUGCGUAUAAGACGGGAGACUACAGCAAACAGCACGAGAUAUUGGAUGCCUUGAUCAGUGGGAUGGAAAAGUUAGGAUUGGGGUUUACGCUGUGGAAUUACAAUCCGGACAAUAGGGUUGCUUAUGGCGACGGGUGGAAUUAUGAAGAUUUUAGUUUUAUCAAUGGGGAUCAUACUCAUGAGGAUGAUAAAGCGGCGGGUGUGGUUGAGUUGAAGCCGGAUUUUAGGAAUGCGCAGCAUGAGGAUGAUGAGCUGUACAGAGGAGGGAGGGGGUUGGAAAUCAUCAUUCGCCCUUAUGCGGUUAAAGUGGCGGGAGUGCAGGAGUAUACGCAUUUCGAUGUCAAGACGUUGUUCUUCGAAGUGCACUGGCGCAACCUGCCCCAACCCGACGGCGAGGAAGGCAAAGACGAAAAGAGUAAGAUAACGGAAAUCUUCAUCCCAUCCUAUCACUACCGCCACAAACGAUUCAGCAUUACUACCACCGACUGCGAGACAAAGUUCAAUGCCGAACUCCAAACUCUUUUCGUUAAACACAGCGAUACGAGAGCUGGGGCGGUACAUAAGCUUAAGAUCGAGCUUGAUGAUCCGCAGCAGCAUAGACGGGAAAGGAUUAGGCAAAGGAGGGAAUUGGUAAAGCCGGAAGGUGUGAUGGGUAGGAUGGGGAGAGCGGUGGUGAGCGAGGGGAUGGAGGUUUGGUGGGAUGGGUUGAGUGCGGGACAGGUGAGGAGUAUGAUGAUUGUGGGGUUGGUCGUUGUUGUGGGGGUGUGGUUGGUUGAUUGGGGAAUGAGGGGGGUAAUGGAGGGGAGGAAGGGGGAGUUGUAG